UGGUUGCCGCUUCCUGCCCACCGGCUCUCCGGCCCCAGGGGAGGGCCGGCCCGCUCUCCCGCGGCCGCCGAGGAGCAAUCGCCGCGACCCCGCCCGCCGGGCGCCGGCCCAGCUGCCGCGGCCAUGCCCAGCUCGGAGCUGUGGGCAGUGGACCUGUUCGGGAGGGUGUUCACACUGUCCACAGCCGGGCAGCACUGGGAGCUGUGCAGGGACACCCAGCUGGAGUUCAAGCGGGUCAGCGCAGCCACGCAGUGCUGCUGGGGCAUCGCCUGCGACAACCAGGUGUACGUACACGUGGGCGCCAGCGACGUCCCCAUCCGCCGCAGGGAGGAGGCCUAUGAGAACCAGCGCUGGAACCCCGUGGGCGGCUUCUGUGAGACGCUCCUGCCGAGUGACCGCUGGCCGUGGAGUGACGUGAGUGGUCUCCAGCACCGGCCGCUGGAUGGGGUGGCGCUGCCCUCGCCGCAUUGGGAGUGGGAGUCGGACUGGUACGUGGAUGAGAAUUUUGGAGGGGAACCCACCGAGAAAGGGGGGUGGACAUACGCCAUCGACUUCCCCGCCACCUACACGAGGGACAAGAAGUGGAAUUCCUGCGUGCGGCGCCGGCGGUGGAUCCGGUACAGGAGAUACAAGUCCCGGGACACCUGGGCCAAGAUCCCGUCGGAGGAUGACCCCAAGCAACUGCCCGACCCCUUCAAUGACCUCUCAGUGGGGGGGUGGGAGAUUACGGACGAGCCCGUGGGCCGCCUGUCCGUGUGGGCGGUGUCUCUGCAGGGAAAGGUGUGGUACAGAGAGGAUGUCAGCCACCCCAACCCCGAAGGCUCAUCGUGGUCCCUGGUGGACACCCCGGGGGAGGCAGUUCAGAUCAGCUGUGGGCCCCACGACCUGCUGUGGGUGACGCUCUGGGAGGGACAGGCCUUGGUCCGGGAAGGAAUCAACAGGAACAGUCCCAAAGGAAGUUCCUGGGCCGUGGUGGAGCCUCCCACGUCUGAACACGGGAUCAUGCAUGUCUCCGUGGGCGUCGCUGUGGUCUGGGCCGUCACCAAGGACCGCAAGGUUUGGUUCCGAAGAGGCGUCAACUCUCACAAUCCCUGCGGCACCAGCUGGAUCGAAAUGGUUGGAGAAAUGAUGAUGGUGAACGUGGGGCUAAACGACCAGGUCUGGGGCAUCGGCUGGGUGGACCGGGCCUUGUACUUCCGUCAGGGCAUCACCCAGAGCGAGCUCAGCGGGAAGACAUGGAAGGCCAUUGUCGCCGGCCGGGAGAGUGACCGCUCGCACUCGGGCAGCUCAUCCAGCCUCCUGAGUGCCGGCUGCUUCUUUGGCGACGAGGUGAGGGGCAGUGGCGAGUCCCAUGGGCCAAGCGACACAGAUGCCUCCUCGGAGGCCGAGAGACCGGGGCCCGACCCUGAACGUGCCGUGGAGGUCGCCGGCCCGGCCUCCACCCCGGCCGAGCUGCCCUGGACCAACAUCGACCUGAAGGAGCCCAAGAAAGGGCCCAGCCACGCAGCCACCGACUUCCCCGAGGCCACCGACCUCUCCUCGCUGGCCCUCCUCCCUCUGGGCCUGGAGGAGCCCGACGGCAGCGACAGCCACACGCUGUGGGCCUGGGUGUCCGGAGGAGGCUGUGCUGUGGAGGCCCACACCAUGCUCAAGUGGUUCACCGUCCAGUCAGGCCUGUCGCCCUCCAUGCAGAUGCUCUCGCUGUCCAUCACACCAGCCCAGACUGCCGCCUGGCGGAAGCAGAUCUUCCAGCAGCUCACAGAAAGGACCAAGCGGGAGCUGGAGAACUUCCGACACUACGAGCAGGCAGUGGAGCAGUCGGUGUGGGUGAAGACGGGGGCCCUGCAGUGGUGGUGCGACUGGAAGCCCCACAAGUGGGUGGACGUCCGCGUGGCCCUAGAGCAGUUCACGGGCCACGACGGGGCUCGAGACAGCAUCCUCUUCAUCUACUACGUGGUCCACGAGGAGAAGAAGUACAUCCACGUGUUCCUCACCGAGGUGACGGCGCUGGUCCCUGUGCUCAGCGAGGCCAAGCACUGCUUCGCCCUGUACACCCCCGAGAGGACGCGCCAGAGGUGGCCCGUGCGCCUGGCUGCCGCCACCGAGCAGGACAUGAGCGACUGGCUUGCCCUGCUCAACCUGUCCUGCUGCGAGAGCCGAAGGGUGCACGGCCGCCCCUCCCAGCAAGCCAUCUGGUCCGUCACCUGCAAGGGGGACAUCUUCGUGAGCGAGCCCAGCCCGGACCUCGAGGCCCCCGAGCGCCGGCUGCCCUGCGACCAGAUGUUCUGGCGGCAAAUGGGAGGCCACCUGCGGGUGGUGGAGGCCAACAGCCGGGGCGUGGUGUGGGGCAUCGGCUACGACCACACGGCCUGGGUGUACACAGGCGGCUACGGCGGAGGCUGCUUCCAAGGCCUGGCCAGCAGCACCAGCAACAUCUACACACAGUCAGACGUGAAGUGCGUCUACAUCUACGAGAACCAGCGCUGGAACCCUGUCACGGGCUACACCAGCAGGGGUCUGCCCACUGACCGGUACAUGUGGAGUGAUGCCACGGGCCUGCAGGAGUGCACCAAGGCCAGCACAAAGCCCCCGUCCCUGCAGUGGACCUGGGUUUCCGACUGGUUCGUGGAUUUCAGCGUUCCUGGGGGCACCGACCAGGAGGGGUGGCAGUAUGCCAGCGACUUUCCCGCCUCGUACCACGGGUACAAAACCAUGAAGGAUUUUGUCAGGAGAAGGUGCUGGGCCAGAAAGUGCAAGCUGGUGACCAGCGGGCCCUGGCUGGAGGUGGCCCCCAUCGCCCUCGGGGACGUGUCCAUUAUCCCAGAGAGCCCGGGCGUCCCCGGGAGCGGGCCCCCCAUCGCGCUCUGGGCCGUCAGCGACAAGGGGGACGUGCUGUGCCGCCUGGGUGUGUCUGAGCUCAACCCCGCGGGCUCCUCCUGGCUGCACGUGGGCACCGACCAGCCCUUCGCCUCCAUCUCCAUCGGGGGCUGCUACCAGGUGUGGGCUGUGGCCAGGGACGGCUCCGCCUUCUACCGCGGCUCCGUGUCCCCCUCCAAGCUGGCCGGUGACUGCUGGUACCACAUCCCGUCUCCUCCCAAACAGAGAUUGAAACAGGUGUCCGUGGGGCACACAGCGGUGUUCGCCUUGGAUGAAAACGGGAACCUGUGGUACCGCCAGGGGGUCACACCCAGCUACCCGCAGGGCACCAGCUGGGAGCACGUGUCCAACAAUGUGCGCCGCGUGUCCGUGGGGCCCCUGGACCAGGUCUGGGUCAUCGCCGACAAAGUCCAGGGUAGCCACAGCCUGAGCCGGGGAACGGUGUGUCGCCGCACGGGGGUGCAGCCCCUGGAGCCCAGGGGACAGGGCUGGGACUACGGCAUCGGGGGGGGCUGGGAUCACCUCUCCGUCCGGGCCAGUGCCACCAGGGCCCCCAGGAGCUUGUCCCAGGAGACGGCCGGCGAGGGGAGCAGGGAGCAGAGCCUCUCCCGCGGGCCCCCGAGGGUGGCCAGCGCCCCGCAGGAGACCCCCGGCCACGUCUGCUGCUGAGGCCGCGUCCCCUCACCUGGAGCAGGUGCGAUGUGGGCUUGAAGGACCAAGGUUGACGUGAGCCUUCUUGUCGGGAGCCGGUCUCGUGCCGAACGUGCUGAAACGUGGAUCCCGGGAGUGGUGUUGCCACGCCCAGACUCAAGACUCCGCAGGGAACCUGGCCUGAGGUCACGGCCACCUUGGAGGCCCUGAAACAGUCCAGAAAUGUGAAGCUCUGUGGACGCUGUGUGUCCCCGACUGCGAAGAGAACAUGGGGUGUGGGGUGGGGGCCCCUUUACCCCAGCCUCUCCUGCCUAUCCCUUCACCCUCUGCCUCCCACCUUUCCAGGACUGGAGCCUGGAGCUUCCAGGAGCACUGCCCCUGGGGAAGAGAGCCUUUGAAGGAGCACCCUGAGCCAGGGACGUCCCCAGACGGUGUUGGGGCCCUGUCCCCCCCAAAGAAAAAUGGCUGUGGGGCUCAGGGCAGUUUUUCCUGGGCCUGAUCAGUUCUCAGAGCAGGACACGAAAAUAGGGUUUCAUUUCAGAAGUUAAGGAAGGAGUUGAAAGGUUGGAAAUAAAUGCUGGAGAGGAGCGUCUUCUUCCCUGGGUGGGCCGGGCCCUCCUGGGGUGGUCGGAGGAUGGAGGGGCCGCCCGAGGCUGGGAGAAGCUGUCCAAGCGCAGAAUCACCGUCAUCAUCGGCCCUCCGCCAGCCCUUCCCCAGGCAGGGUUGGGGGCCGGGGGCUCAUUUUACGUCAGAUCUUGUUGCAGGGGGUGGGGCGGGUGGAGACCAGUGCCUCCCAAGCGGCCCCGCUCCCAGCUGGCAGCUUCUCAGCUGCCUUUUAUCAGAAAAAGGCCCCAUUUGGUGAAGUCUCAAGUUUGCAUCCCACAACCGGACACUUUGCCCAGGGGUCAUCACAGCCCACGUCCCGUCUCUGCUCCUCUUGAGAUGGGACAAGCUGCCCACCAGGUGCCUGGAGUUCCCGUCAGGAGGGCUCGGCUGUGCGUGGCUUUGCAGUGCGCAGCGGACUCUAAGGAUGUCCCCCUUGGGGUCCCCUCCCGAGGGGCACUGGAGGGAGCCAGUGGCCCCUGCCUUUGCUGUGUCUCCUCCAGGUGGGACUGGGAGGCGUGAGCCUGGGGCAGAGUGCACCCCAGUGCAGCGCGUGAAGGGCCAGGUGGGGCGGCGCCCUCCUGUCUGUUUAUACUCAUUGAUGUCGGGUUUCUGGGAGCAGGCAUCAUGGUUUGGUCUAUGGCAGUGCCCUGUCCUUCUGCUGUGACUUGCGGGUUCCACCCUGCCCUCUCUCCAGGGCGACUGUGUCCCCUCCUUGCUGACCUGCUCAGCAUCGGAACCACCUCGAUUCCUCAGAUGCUUUAUUCAAUAAAAACUUCGGCCAGAGUGUCGAGGACGCGAUAUUUUUUACUGCUGCACUAUGAUUAAAAUGCACAGUUCCCCACCCGUUCAAGCAUGGGGUAAAAGGAGCAUGAAAUCUUUUAUUCUGUUUUCGUUAGUACUUUGAAGAGGCCAUUAGGAAAAAUAAAAGCAAAUUGGGAUCAGUUAAGAAACAUUUUCACCAUAAUUACAACAGAGGCACUGGUCAUUCAGUUCCAGGUAGGUCUUCCCUACAGAAAAGUCGCAGUUCUGGUUUCUCUGCCGCUGGCAAGCUCACGCAGGUCCGGUCUGCAGGUGGGUCCAUGGCCCCAGGUGCCAGCUGGGUGGCCCGUGUUCAGAGUGUGUGAGUCUCUGACUUUAGGAAAUGCACAGCCUGGAGAGGUCGGGCAGGGCCUCCUCGCAGGACAGAAGCAUCCAGCUUGGGCUUGCUGUCCAAGACGAGGGUCGACAGAGCAGACCCGGCAGCAGGCUCAGCAGACCUGUCCCUUCACCACCUCCCUCCCCAUAUUCAACAACCCAAACCUGGACUGGGACCUUUAAGCCUCCUUCGUGAUGUGGGCACAGGGCAGGCAAGUGCCCUCCAGCCUCGGGUGGAAAACACUGGACAUCUGGGCCCAGGUGACCCUCUGGGAAGCAGAGGGAGUGCAGGUGCCAGUUUGGGACAGAGAGGCAGAGUCACAAAGCCUGUCGUCCUGCAAGGUGGUGACCCACAGGCCCCGGUCACCAG